UACCACUGUUAGCUGAUUUUGUGGAUGUUUCAGAUCUUCAUGGUGUUCAGUGCUGUUGUUGUGAUACGCUGUUUCAUUCUCAACGUGCUUUAGAUAUCCAUCUGGAAGAAUGUGUAAAAUCACAUUGGAUAGCAUUGACGAGAUAGCAUGGUUAAAAUAAUAGGUGGCGAAGUGGUUCAAGACGAUGACCCUCGUGCGAUCGAAUGGGAAAGAAGACAGAACAGAACUGCGCAAGGUGGGCUUGGUAGACCUACAGAUACGGUGCACAACUUUGCUCAAGGUGUGAGACAAGAUCCCAACCAACCGCCUUUAGUGGCUAUCAACAACAGACUGCGUGGGUUUGGAAUUCCCGAUUUUAAUGUAGGUGGACAUGUUAUCGAACCGCUUUUUUCGGUUGCCGGUGUGUUAGCGUUGGUAUUUUGGGGUCUGCCCGGUUUGCUUAUCGUGGCUGUGGUGUGGUACGUUAUGACGAGACAGCAGUAAUAGCAAUAGAGAUAAAUUCCCUUUACCACAAGCGAAGACAGAAAACCACAUGGACCACAUCGUUGAGAACACAGGUGAAAGAUUUUGACGCUUCAGAAAUUCAGAGGAGUUUCCAUGAGUGGUACCUCUUCAUCUUGAUAAAUAAACAAUUUUUUUAUUUAAUUAUAGAUUUUUUUAUUAAAUUUAUUAUAAAUAGAAUUUAUUGAUGUAAAUUUUUCGUCUAUAUUUAAAUAGAAGAAUUAAAAUUCAUAGCGACAAAA